AUGUCCUCUCAACGUCCCCAUGAAAACAGGCGGGAAUCGAGGUGUAGUCCGGGGUACAAGAUGGCACGACAAGCAGGGGGUGAAGCUUCCCCGAAAAAGAAUACGUCCCUCAACCUGGUGACAGGGUUCUAUCACUACCUCCGCGAUGAGCAGGAGGCAGUGCAGAAGAGGACAUUCACGAAAUGGAUCAAUUCCCACUUGGCAAAGCGUGUUCCUCCUCUGGUGGUGACGGACCUGUUUGAGGACAUCAAGGAUGGUGUGAUGCUGCUGGCCUUGCUGGAAAUCCUCUCUGGACAGAAACUGGCAUGUGAGCAGGGCAAGAAGCUAAAGAGGAUCCACUGGGUUGCCAACAUCGGUACAGCUCUUAAGUUCCUCGAGGGUAGGAAGUCUGCCUACAGAGGAUCUCCGAUCAAGCUAGUGAACAUCAACUCCACAGAUAUUGUUGAUGGACGACCAUCAAUUGUUUUGGGGUUGGUGUGGACCAUCAUCCUCUAUUUCCAGAUAGAGGAACUAACCAGUAGCCUACCAGCAUUGCAGGCCUUAUCCAGCAGCACCUCAUCACUGGACAGUUCCACCAGCAGCACUGACACCACCAGCCCACCCAUCAAGAGGAAGCCGCUCCCACCUAUGCAGGGUGGGGCCCGAAAGGCACUGCUGAGAUGGGUCCAGCAUACAGCCACCAAACGUCUGGGGCUCGAGGUGAAAGACUUUGGUCCCAGUUGGCGCACGGGUUUAGCAUUCUUUGCCGUUAUCCAUGCCCUCCGGCCCAAUCUAGUCGACAUGGAGCGUGUAUGGAGGAGGCCCAACCGAGAAAAUCUGCAGGAAGCCUUCUUAUUGGCUGAGACGGAGUUGGGCAUUCCACAGCUUCUUGACCCUGAGGAUGUUGAUGUAGACAAGCCUGAUGAAAAAUCCAUUAUGACGUAUGUAGCCCAGUUCCUGAAGCAUCAUCCUGACCUACACCAUAGCGACUCAGAAGGACAACCAGAGGAAGAGCAUGGUCUUGCUCCUCGCGAUAUAGCGGAAAUGUUGGAGAGAGAGCAGCGAAAGAGCCUGAGGGAGCUCAAAAUGUGGCUCGACCAGCUGGAGAGAGACGCAAUACAGGCUCAGGAGACUGAGGGCAAUCUCUCUCAACAGUACCAGUUGUUCAAGAGUGUGCGCGUCCAGUUGGAGAUGAGGAGGAAGCAGGUGGAGGCAGCUCUGCAGUCUACUCAGAAGGAUGGGAUACUGACAGUGGAUCAGGCUCUUGUUAAACAGGCCUGGGAAAGGGUUUCCAAUAGGCUCCUGGACUGGCAUCUGCAGCUGGACAGGUCUCUGCCUGCUCCUCUGGACAUGGUGGGGACAUGGCUGCACCAAGCUGAAGGAGCACUGCGACAAGAGAUCAUCGUCCAACAGGCACAUGACGAGACAGCUAACACUGUUCACAGAGCUUUAGAGCAGCACAAGGAUGUGUUGAAGAGCCUUGAGAGUCACCAGCAGGUCUUUCAGAGGUUCCAUAAGGACAGAAGUGUUGAUGGAGUCCCUGUUCCCCCAGACCAGCUCCAAGACAUGGCUGAAAGGAUGAACUAUGUCUCUACAUCAUCUAGCAUCCACCUGGCUAAGAUGGAGUUCUUGGAGAACAAGCAUCACAUGCAGGCCUUUCUCACCCUAGCCGAGUCGAAGCUUAAAUCCUGGAUCAUUAAAUAUGGACGACGAGAGUCAGUGGAACUGAUGCUCCACAACUAUGUUUCAUUUGUGGAGAAGCAUCAUUUCUUUGAAAAUUAUGAGGCUUUGUUCCAAUCCCUGAAAAAUGCUGCCGAGGCCUAUGUCAGCGCUGACAGCUCAGUGGACGAGGGAGAGACGGGAGUGCGCAGGUUCAUGCGGGAGGUGGUGACUCAGUGGAGGAGUCUGUCCAUGGAAGUGCGCAGUGUGAGGAGCAUGUUGGAGGAGGUGCUGUCCAACUGGGAGAGGUACAGCUCCACGGUGGCUUCCUUACAGGCCUGGUUGGAGGAUGCGGAGGAUGCCCUGAGCCUGCCAGAAAACACGAAACGGGAGUUUUUCAGGAAUCUUAGCCACUGGAUGGAUCAGCAUGCAGUCAUGAACGACGCAGGGAAUUUUCUAAUUGAAACGUGCGAUGAAACUGUGUCACACGAUCUCAAGCAGCAGCUACUUCUUUUGAACGGACGAUGGAGAGACCUCUUCCUCAAAGUCAAACAAUAUGCCCGAGCAGAUGAGUUGGAGAAGUGGAGGAAAGAUCAUCUAAAGGCUGUGUCGGCUUUAAAAGAGCUACUGGACACAGCAGAGGCCAAGCUCAAUGCUCCUGUCCAGGUGUCUUUCCUCAAUGUUAGAGCCUUUCUGCAGGAUGUGGAGAAUACCAAACAAAAGGUUGUUGCCAUGGAGACACAAUACAAGUUGGCUGGCCGCAGUGCUCAGCUCCUUGCCAAGGAUGCCCCACAGGAUGAGGCUGCCAGGAUCAUGGCAACUAUGACAGUAGCCAAAGGUCAGCUGAGUAAGGUGAGAGAGCGGUGUCCGUCCCUAGUGAGGGAAUGUCAUGUCCUUCUUCCGCUUUUGGAGGAGAUGGAGAAACACAUCACUGCUUUUUAUCAGGCCCUGGAGCGGGCCUGUCGCAUUACUUCAGUCGCCAGAGACCCAGACACACAGGCGCAGACCCAGCACAAGCACAAGUGGCAGGAUUUGUUAAAUCAGCAGCAAAGCUGUAAACGAUGUCUGUCAGUGAUAGAGAGGAACCACCACACCCUGCAGAGGGUGCUCUCCAACAGUAAAGUGCUCCGAAACUUCGACCUGUCGCUGCUACAAAAGAGAGUGGCUGAAAUACAGAGCUCAGCACAGGCUUUGCUGAAGGAGGUUGGGGAAUGGAGGAGGCAGGAGGAGGCCAACAACUGCCUAAGGAGGAGGUUUGAGGAAUCAAGACAAGAUCUGGAGAGAGUACUGAAGAAAGCUCAGGGCUUCUUGAGAGAGAGCGGAGACGCAGAGGAAUUACUGAAAAAACACACAGAGUUUUUCAGCCAACUGGACCAGCGGGUGCUGAGCGUGUUCUUGAAAGCAUGUGAUGAGCUGACUGACAUCCUUCCAGAAGAGGAGCAGCAGGGAUUGCAAGAAACUGUCCGUAGGCUGCACAAACACUGGAAGGACAUCCAGGGUGACAUACCGUCUCACCUACUCCGUCUGAAAGUGGAGGUGGAGCGAAGUCGAGUGGCUGUGAUCUUACAAGACUGCAGAGCAGAGCUGGACAGAGAAAUGCAUGCUGUGUCUGGCACCUGCACCAGUGAACGAGUGAUCAAAGAGCACAGAACGUUCUUCAGGGAACGCAAACCUCUGACUUUGUGCGAGAAGAGGAUUAGAAACAUGGAGGAUCUGUGUCAUAAAUUGCCUGACAACGACCAGGCUUAUCGAACUCUAGACUCCACCAAGAGGGCUGUCGAAGAGGCGACAGAGCAGAUCAAGAGCACCCACCUCAAGCUGGAGCAGCAUCCUGAUAAAUGGAAGGAGUGGAAUGAGAGGUUCUGUGAGCUUUCUGAUUGGCUCUCAUCUAAGAGGAGGCAGGUGAGACUCUUGAGAGAGACAGCAAGAAAUUCCAGCCAUCCGGGCCAGGUAGAUGCUUCUGUUCAGGCACUGCAGGAAGCAGUAAACGCCCGAGAGGAGAGCCUGUUGUGGCUUAAGAGCCACCUUGCUGGGCUUUCUGAGGUUAGCUCCGAACUGGAGAUCCAGAGACAGAGAACAGCCCUGGCCAAGCUCUCAACUGACCUGAGGGCACUCUUUUCUUCACUUUGUCAGUGUGAUGAAGACGGCUCAGAAAUGUUCCAGUAUGAGGAGCUGAGGGAGGAGGUGCGUGGUGCUCUGGAGGAGGUUCUGAGAGCUCGAAAGGAGGCUGAGGAGCAAACCAGCAGGAUCCUGGAUGCCGAGGACCUGAUGGAGGCCAAGCAACUUUACCUUAUUCACCAGCAACACCUAAAACGCCUGCAUGCUAACCGGAGAGAGGCAGAGCUUUUAGUGUCCCAUUGCCACCAGCUGCAGAAAGGAGAGGAGCUUAAUCAGUCUCUACAGGAGCUGGAGGGAGCUUUCAGAGAGGUUGACCGCAAAUCAGAGGCAAAGGAGCACAACCUGCAGGCUAUUCUGAGCUCCUGGCAGAAUUUUGAAGCAGAGAGAGAAAAAGUUUGGAGGUUUAUCAGCACUAGCAACAGUGAGCUGCACAAAGAGCUUAUUUUCAACAGCCUGGACAGCCUGAGAACUGAACUGGAGCAUAACAAGGUAUUCUUCCCAAAAGUUGAGGAAUGUUCUGUGCGAGCUGAUCUCCUCCUGGAGAUGGCAGCAGACAUUCAGCUCGGUCCAAAGAAUCAAGCUCUACUUCUACAGCAGGCGCAGUCCACCAGGGAAGCAGUCGCACAACUUAAAGAUCAUCUCAACAAGAAUGUUGUCCAGCUGGAAAUGAUGUGCGUUUGGUGGGAACGCUUCAGCACUGAAUCAGAGGCCUUCUCCUCUUGGAUCAAUGAAAAGGAGAGGGAGCUGGAGGCUGUCAACCCCACUUCCUCCUUAGAUCCUUUAGACAAACACAUCAGUACAGUAGAGGCAGUGGGAGAAGGUUUAAAGGAGAGAAGGGCAGCUCUGGCCCGCAUGGAAGAGGACUGGGAAGCCUUGUUGAGGUUUGUGACCCCCGGAGAGGGAGGAUGUAUCCGAGCGCGACUUACCCAAAUGAGGUGCUACUGGGAAGAGCUGAAGGGGAAAGUAGAGCAGCUUGGUGGACAACUCAACCAGAGCGCCUCCUACAGGCAGAGAUACAAUGACAACCUUGAACAGGUGAAGAAAACAAUGAGUGACCUUAAAGAGAAACUCGACUGUCUGGUCACAUAUUGCACAUCAUCAUCUGAGACUUACAAAAACCUGCAGGAUCACAUGGAGGUCUGCCAGGCUGUCGAGCAGCUGAAACCCAGGCUGAUGGCUUUGUCUUCAGCCAUGAAGAGGCUUGGAGAGGGCAGCCAGCUGGAGGAAGAGGUGGCUAACCUCCAGAAGCUACAGGGAGACUUUAUGGGAAAGGCCGCAGAAAAGCAAUCUACAUUAGAGAGCCUUCUAGCACUGUGGCAAAGAUUUGAAAAGGAGAAUUCAUCCAUGAAAAGCUGGCUAGACAGAUGUGAGUCUGUUUGCUGUCCAGACACUGAACUGUUGUCUGCAGACAAAGUAAAGCUUAGGAAUGAACUACAAAAUGUACAGGAAAUGCAGAAGGAGACACCAUCCUACGAGGCCCUCCUCCAGGGUCUUGUAAAUCUUGGGCUGUGCCUCUAUCCCACAGCACCUAAAGCUUGUGUCCAAGAGCUCAGUGAUGAUCUCACACAACUACAAGAGAGAUGCACUUCUCUGAAUAACAGCAUAUCACACAGGCUUGAGCUCCUGCAGUCUCAGUUGUCACAACUGGAGCUUUUUGACCAGGCUCUCCUGACAUUGACCCAAAGGAGUGAAAGCUUUUUAUCUGGCUUGAGAAGCACUUCACAGGUUGAUGUUGCUGAUCUUGAGGUUGCAAUUACUAAACUCAAGGAGCAUGAGGCACAGCUACAGGCUCACGCAGCACUGAAAGAGACUCUCCAGCAAAGAGAGUUCUCCCUGCUUCGCUGUUCUACUUCAGAGGCCCAACAGCAGCUCCAGGGCUGGAGGGAGGACUGCCUACAACCACUCAAUGAAUCCCAACGUCUACUGCUCCUCCGUAAGGAGUGUCUGACUGAGUUAAAGGCUUUUCUUGAGAAGCACGGAGCAUCAGCCAAAGCUGUGCGCCAUCUUCAUGAGGCUGUGGAGGGAAGGGGUAGCUGGGAUCGCUGUAAAGCUGAGGAGCUUCAUCGUGGAAUAGGUGAAGUUGCUAAAGAUGUGUCUCGGCUUGAGGCUGAGGCAGUGGGGUUAGAUGGGCAGCUGAGCAAGGCACACCUUCACCUGUGUGGUGCAGAGUGGCGGGGCUCCAAAGAUGUGAGUCAUCCUCAGGGAAGAACAUCUUGCAGGGGACAGGCCGUGGCCCUCACAAUGGCUUUGGAGGAGGUACAGAGGUGUGUGGGAUGGAGGCAGAGUGAAGCAGAUGCUUUAACGGCCCUGUGGAGCUCUUUCAGUGAGAGAAGGGAGGAAAUGAUGAAGAAUCUAAAGAAACUGGAGGAUGAAACACGGCAAGAGGUGGCUAGAGAGAGCUCUGUACAAGCUUUUCAAAACAGGCUGCGUUUCUUCGUCCAGUUGGAGGAUGAGCUCCAGUCCUUGCAGCACUCACAACAGUGGUUAGAGGAAAAGGGAAGCCAGCUGGCCCAGAGAGACAGUGAGCUGGCUGGGGAGGCUCGCAGAGAGGUGGCUCUGGUGAGGACAUCCUGGGAGAAUGUCAGGACUCUGAUCAGCAAUGGUCAGGAACAGAGUGGAGUUGUGGUGGAUCUUCUUCGUCAGUUCCAAAACCUGAAGUCGAUCCUCAGCACCGCUGUGGAGAAUGCCCAGACUGUUGCUCACAACCUGCCCGACCAUAACCAUAAUGCUCUGGAGGCCAAAAGAACAUUCACACGGCAUGAGACUGUCCAGUCUGAGCUUAGAGAAAAACAGGAAGACAUGGACCAGCUCAUCAGCACCGUGGAGGACCUACAGAGAGAGCUGGAGAAGGUUCCCAACUCUGAUAUGUGCUUCAUCCAGAAAGACAUGAAGACAUUAAGGGACCAGUGGCUCGAGGUCUCAGAGAGAAUACAAACCAACACAGAAAGACUCGGCUACUGUGUCACCCUAUGGGACGACCUCAAGACCAUGGAGCACGACAUCAACCAAUGGGCUGCCACGUCCAUCGCUGAUCUCACUGACAGUGUCUCUAAUCUCAGUGACAAGGAAAAGACAGAGAUCCACCUCGCCACCUUUCAGGCUGAGGUUGAGAAGAGGGAGCAGAGGCUGGAUGCACUGCAGGAGAGAGUGACGGAGCUAAAAGAGCGAGCUAAACUCCAGGAAACCCCGCUACAAAUGCAGGUGCUGGAGUCAGACCUAAGGAAGAAACUGGUCCAUGCACAGGAGGUGUACAACCAGGCCAAACACACUCUGACCUACUUCAGUUUUCAGAAGCAGCGACUGGAGGACCUCAUGUCGCAGAUGGCCGAAAGGCUGGCGACAGUUGAGGGCUCCUUAUCUGAUCUCACUGAAGCUACUUCACCUGAAGACAUUGGCACUGUUAAGGACCUACAAACUGUUGUUCAGCAACAGAGGGCAGACAUGGACUCAGCUAGAGAUGCUCUGAGUGCCCUGUGCAGGUCACAUCCCUCUCAGGAGCUCUCUCGCCUCUCCUCUGACCUCACCUCUAUUGCCAAGAGAACGGAGGCUGUUGCCCAGCGCUGUGCCAAGGCCAGGGGCAGCCUUCAGGAUGGGCUACAGCUUCACUUCAAUGAGCUCGUCCAAGACUUCCACUCCUGGCUUGUUGAUCUGAAGUUGGAGUUAAAAGAAUGUUCGAAUCAAUCAGGAGAUGUUGCCGUCCUUGGAGCCAAGUUGCAGCGGCUGAAGAUGUCAUUAAAGCGGAUGUCCGAGGGUGAGGAGCGUCUCUCUCAGGUUUGUGAGGAGGCUGAGAGGCUCCAACUCCACCUGUCAAAAACUGGAGCCACACAGGUCCAAGAGCAUCUCUCCUCCUGUCAGAGAGAGUGGAGGAACUAUCUGGACAGCUGCACUCAGAGCCAACGAGACUUGGAAGAGAGUAUCGAAAUCUUGAAAAAUUUCGAUGACACUGUGGAAGGUGUAAGAGAUUGGCUUAAGCAGAUGGAUAUCAACCUCAGGAGCGAGCCUGCUCUGGGGGCAGACAGCCAACAAGCUGCCCCUGACACCGCAGAAGAGCUGGAGAGAAUGGAAAACCUCCAUAAGGAGCUGCUAGCAAGACGGGACUCAAUCGAGCGUGUCUGCCAGAAGGCCCAGUCUCUGUCUGAAGCAGGACGGGGGUCAGGAGGAGAGGUCAGGGUGACAGGCCAGCUCCAGAUGGAGCACCAAGCCCUGCUGAAGGCAGCCAGGGAGAGGCUGCGAGGCUGUCAGGAAAGCCAGGCCUUUGGCGAGACCCUCCAGGGGGUUUGGGCCUGGUUGGAGGAGAUCCAGGAGCGACUGGGUACAGUGGACAGCACCAUGGGGACCAAAGAGCAGUUGGAGCAGAGGCUGGAAACUGUGCAGGACAUCCUGCUUUUGAAGGGGGAGGGUGAGGUCAAGCUGAAUAUGGCAAUGGGUAAGGGCGAGUUGGCCCUGCGCAGCUAUGGUGCCGCCGGACAGGAAGUGGUCCGCUCUCAGCUUCAGGAGGUGGAGGAUGCCUGGGCGACGCUGCUUGUGACUGCCAUGAGUUGCCACAGUCGAUUAGAGUGGACAGUCUCACAGUGGGGAGGAUACUUGGAGAGUGCUGCCCAACUGCGGUGCUGGAUGGAGGCUGUGGAGCGGGAGGUGUGUGCUCCACUCACCCCCCAGCCGGGUCCCAGAGAGAAAGCCUCACAGUUAGAGAGACUCAGAGCUCUACUGGCUGACCUCGAAGACCACCAGGUGGCGUUGUCUAGCCUGGAGGAAAAAGCCAGAGAACUCUUCAAGAAGACUAGUGAUGCAAGUUUCAACCAUGGUGCCCGCACCCAACUGCAGGUGCAGUUUGAUGACCUCACAGCUUUGGUGGAGGAAAGAGUACACCUGGCGCAGGCUGUAGUGUUGGAACACCAGGAGUAUCUGGAGGCCGUUAGGGAGCUCACUGAUUGGCUGAUGACUGCAGGAGAGGAGCUGCAGCAUUGGUCUGAUACAUCAGGAAACUCUGCUUCCAUCAAAAAGAAACUAUCAGAAGUGAGGGAGCGUGUGGAGUGUCGGUUACUAGAGGGCCGAGAGCGCCUCAGCAGGGUGCGUCGGAGCGCGGCCUCCACAGCAGAGCACACAGCGGCAGGAGGCUGCGAGGCAAUGGACCGACAGCUGGGGGCGCUAUCCCAGGCCCUGGAGCAAUGGGAGGGGGCUGCUCUGAGGGCCAGGGACGGUCUGGAGGGGGCCCUGGCCGCUGCUGCAGCCUCAGAGGAAGAAUAUGACCGUCUGACUGCUCAGCUGGAGGAUGAGUUGAAAGAGCUAGACGGACGACUGAGAGGGUGGAGCCAAGAGUUGAUUAAAGCGGAAGGGCGGAGCAAUGGCGAGGAAGCAGUGGAGGGAUGGCAGCUGGCUAAGGAUAUACUGGAGGGCUUGCAGAGCGCCGAGCCGAUGGCAGAGAAGUUGAAAGGCCAACUGAACGACCUGGUGCGAUACUCCAGAGACCUGGGCUCACAAUCUGACCGGGUUACUGCGCUUAUCAAACAACACAACAGUCUCAGUCUCCGUGCAUCCAGAGAGUGUCAAAAUAAGGAGCGCUUGUUGGAGCAGAGGUUCCGUGCAGCUCUGAGAGACUUCCAGCAGUGGUUGGUCAAUGCCAAAAUCAGCACCGCCAAAUGCUUCGAUGUGCCACAGAGUGUCGCCGAGGCCUCCACUGCUCUGCAGAGAAUCCAAGAGUUCUUGAGUGACAGGGAGCAUGGCCAGGCCAGGCUGAGUACAGUAGGUGCCAGUGGGGAGCUGCUCAUGGCAGUGGUGUCCAAAGACAGAGUGGAGGGAAUCAAGGCCAAAGUGGCAAAUGCAAGAGAGGACUGGAAGAGCCUGAUGAAUAACCUACAGAUAAGGGAGGAUGCACUCAAGAACUUGCAGUCUCAGAUGACAGAGUUUGAGGCCAGUGCUGAGCCUCUGCAGGACUGGCUGAACAGCACUGAGGUCAGAGUACAGGAGAGCAGCGCUCGGCUACAUGACCUCCCAGCCAAAAAACAGGAGCUCAGCAAAUUACAGUGUGUGCUUGAGGAGAUGGCCAGUCGGGAGGCAGAACUGAGCAGUCUCAGGGAAAGAGCUCAUCGUCUCUGGGAGGGACAGGCAGCUGGCAAGGGCUUCGUCCACCGAGUAUCCCAGCUGUCUGCGCAAUACCUAGCUGUCAGCAACUUAACCAAGGACAAGGCCUCCAGGAUUGAACGUAUAGUAGGGGAACAUCGCCUCUUCUCUCAGGGCCUUAAAGAGCUCCAGGACUGGGUGUGUGAAGCUCAGAGGGUCCUCAGCACCUGCAUCUCCACCACCACCGAUAAGGGCGUGUUGGAGGACAGGAUGUUACAGCUGGAAGCUUUGUUGGCUGCCCGUCAAGAGCGGGAGAUCCAGCUAAAGAUGCUGCUGACACGGGGAGAAGCAGUUCAGAGAAACACUUCAGCUGAGGGGGUCCCGGUUAUUCGUAAACAGAUCCAGGACCUCAAGGACUCAUGGGACUCCCUGCUUUCUGCCUCCAUCCAGUGUAAAAGCCAGCUGGAGGGCGCUCUGUCGCAGUGGACCAGCUAUCAGGAGGACGUGGGUCAGUUUGUGCUGUGGAUGGAUCGGGUUGAGGAGACGCUAAGCUGCUCAGACAGACAGUACUCUGAGAUGAGAGACAAGACUGCUAACCUGGGAAAGACCAAGCUUCUCUAUGAAGAAGUAUUGAGUCACAGCAGUCCUCUGGAGACCAUUGCCACAAAGGGGUCCAAUAUGGUGGAGCACUACACUACCCAGCAGGAGGUGCAGCAGCUGCAGUGCAGAUACAACGCACUCAAAGAAAAGGCCAAGAAUGCAGUCAGUAAAGCCAAAGGACUAGUGCUGGUUCAUCAGGAAUAUCAACGUGGGUUACAUGUGUUUGAGGACUGGCUGGAGCAAGAACAGGCCACUCUGGCAUCAUUGUCUCAUCCAGAAGGUGUUGUGGAUACACUAGAGAAGACACUGCAACAGCUACAGACUCUGCAGGAACGCUGCUCAAAUGGCCAGUCUUUGCUCUCCUCUGUGCUGACCAGCAGAGAGCGAGUAAUCCCAUGGGGUAUACCUCAGAUCGAAGAUCGAGCCCUGGACACUGCUCAGCGAGAGUGGGGGGCCUACCAGGGUCGUCUGGAGGAAACUCAAUCCCAGCUGAGCUCCACACUGGCCAGACUGAAACAUAUGGGCCAAAGGUUUCUGAGCCUGGCCCAGUGGCUAGAAGAGAUGGAGAGGGUGGCUAACUUUAGGCGUCAUCGGAGGUCAAACAGAGUCACCAAGGAGACUCAGCUGAAGAAACUCCAGGGGUGUCUUCAGGUAGUGCUCACACGGCAGGGAGAAGUUGAUGGCCUCUCCUCACUGGCCCAGCAGGUUCUGGAGGAAACCUACAUCAGUAGUCGUGUUAGUGUGACUGCCACCCAGCUCACUGCCCGCUACCAUUCCCUGCUACUCAACAUACAGGACACCAUCAAGCAGCUUCAGGAGGAGCUGAAGAGUAUAGAAGAGGCUGAAAGCCUUUGCAUGUCCUUCACCGACUGGCUCAUUUCAACUCAGAAAAGCUUCACAGCGUUAACUGACAGUUCUGAAUCUCUGGACCGCUUUGCCAUGGACAAAAAGAUGAAGAAGUUAGAGACUCUCCAGUCUGAUCUCCAACAUGGUCACAGUUUCCUGAAAUCCCUGAGGGAGCGGGCAGAGCAGGCAGCAGGCUUCCUGGACGAGGCUGGAGCAGAGAGUUUAGGAGGGGAAGUGGAGGCUCGUCUUGCCCAGCUGGAGGAGCUUGCUGGUGGGUUGAGGCAAGAGCGCAGCUUCCUGGAGCGGGCAUUACUGCUAGCUAAGGAGUUUCAGGACCGCUAUAAGGCUCAGGCCCAGUGGCUGGUGGAGACCAGGGCUUUGCUUGGCACCCCGGUGGAGCCCAAGGCUGAGCUGUACCAACGGAGAGCACAGCUAGCCAAGUACAAGGCUCUGUUGCAAAUGGUACAGUCCCAUGAUGGAUCUAUCAGGUCAGUGGUGGAGAAAGGAGAUGCCCUGCUGGCCUCUGUCCAUUACCCCUCCAUCAGAGACAAAAUGAGCAGACUGCAAAAGGACUACACUGAACUGUGUAAUACAGCCAUGGCUCAUGUGGAGAAUCUGGAUGGCCAAGUGAAGGAACAGGUAGCGUACCACAAUGAGCUCCAAGAAGUGGAGCGCUGGCUGCUCCAGAUGUCCAGCAGGAUGGUGACUCCUGACCCCACUGUGAGCAGAAGCCUGGAAGCAGCCACUCAGCAGCUCGCCAGGCACAAGGCCAUCAUGGAGGAAAUAGCGGGCUUUGAGGAUCGCUUGGCAGGCCUGAAGGUGCAAGGAGACCACCUGGUACAAGGCUGCGGUGAACGUGUACAGAGCAGGCUGAGACAGCAGGUCCAGGCUCACCAGCAAGGCACCAGAGACAGCUACUCUGCCAUCUGUAGCACAGCACAGAGAGUAUAUCAAAGUCUGGACCACGAGUUACAGAGACAUGUGAGUCUACAAGACACACUGCAGCAGUGCCAGAACUGGUUGACCUCUGUCCCAGAGGAACCAACACCUCCCACACAUCCUCCUCUCAGCCUUGAGGAGGCACUACAACAGGUGAAGCAGGAGCGGGCUCGUCAGGAACAGGCCAGCACCUACCUCCAGCUUGUGUGUUCAUCCUGUGACCUGACGGUGCCUAGAGUCAGGGAGACCGCAGGAGCUAUCCAGCAGGUCAAACUCCAGACUGAGGAGCGUAUGCUGCUUUGUGAGGAGGUAGCAGACAGUUGGAGGGACAUUGAGGAGCAGAAGGCAGAUCUGGAGGUCCAACUGAGAGAAACAGAUCAGCAACUUCAGAACCUCAUUAGGAGACCUGCAGAGUUAGAGCCCAAGAUUGCACAGAACCAGCUGGACAAGGCACAGGUGUUCCUCCAGAUGAUUAGGGAAAGGCAGUCUGACGUAACCCAUUUGAAUGAGGCCAUUGGUAGGCUCACAGGUGGACAGGACUCUCCGAGCCUGGAGGAGAUAAGGAGACUAAGGAGGAAUUGGACGGAACUGAGCCAGCGAGCAGAAGAGUUGGAGGCCCAGCGAGGGGAGGAUAUGCAACGGAGUGGGGAGUACCAGGAGAGUGUAGUCGCUGUGGAGGAACUUUUCCACCAAGUAUCUAGGGAAUGGGACUACCUUGCCAGGGCAGACACAGAAAGUACAAGUGAGCAUCUAGAGGCUCUGAAGAAACUGUCCAGUGACCUGGUGGAGCAGAGAGCAACUCUAGAAGAACUCAGGGACCAGAGACAGGCAAUCCUAACUCGACUUAGCCUUCUAGACAAGGAGCUCGUCAAGCAGCAGGUGGGUCACCUGGAGCAGCGCUGGGCCCAACUUGAAACUCUGAUUCAACAGAAGAUCCAGGACUCGGCACAGACACUAGAGGAUCUGGCACGGGUGGAAAACCAGCUGAGGGAUGCCCGGGAGUGGGUGGAGGAGCAACGGCCGGCACUUACUUCUGCAUUAAAAACUAGCCCACCCCCUGAUCUGGCACAGAGUUUCCUGUUCGACCACCUGAGUGUGUGUGUGGAGCUGGAGGCACGUCAGCAGCUGCUGGGUCAGGCAGUGAGCGAGGCACAAGCUGUGGCUUCCAGGCUGGGGCUGAGUGAGAAGAGAUGCCUGCAGGAGCAUGUUGAACACGCCCAGACUGAGGUGGACGCUCUGGGGGCUCGGGUUGCCCAAAGGAGAAAGUACCUCAGCAAGGCCUUCACAGAGAGGACACAGUUCCUUCAAGGACUUGGACGAGCAUUGUCUUGGGUACAACAACAGGAGAGGAAAGCUUUGAUAGAUGACCACAUAGCGCUUCUCCCUGAAGACCUGGCAAAACAGGCUGCUGCAUGUCGGGGGGUCCAGAGCGGUUUACGAGCUUACCAGAGGGAGCUGGCGUCUCUCUGGAUACAAGGGCGAGAGGUGGAAAGAGAUGCCUCUGACAAAGAGAGAGCAGAAACCCUGGCGAGACUUGAGGAGUUACAGGCAGUCUUUGAAACUGCCCUCCAGAGGACCACCCAGCGUUUUGCAGACUUAGAGAAAGCCUUGACCUCCAGGAAGUACUUUCAGGUAGACUUGGACAAGACUUGCCACUGGUUGAGAAGAGCGGAUGCCAUCACCUUUCCUGAAAUCAAUCUAAGCAACAUUGAUGACAGCUCUGAGUUGCAAACACAACUGUCUAACUUUCAGAAUGUCUUAGAGCAAGCAUCAGAGUACGAGAACCUCCUUCUUAUUGUCCAAAGAAUAGGCCAGGAGAUCCUCCCGACUCUGAAUGAGAUUGACCAUUGCUACUUAGACGAGAGGCUUAAUGCCCUGCCUCAACAGUACAACAGCAUCCUAGCUCUAGCCAAAGAGAAAAAAGACAGAGUCCAACAAAUAAUCUUGGAGAGAAAAGAGUUUAGCACUUUUUUUGAUAUUACUCGUAAUGCACUGGAGGAGCUACAGGAGCAGUUUGACAAUCUGGAGAAGCAGACUAUCAGUAUAAGUGAGGAGGAAGUUGCUCGUCUAAUCAAUGAAUACAGAAAUAUAAAUGAAAGUUUAUUCCAUAUUAGCCCUGCUGUGAGAGAACUUCAUGGCAAAAAUGAGGGGUUUCUUAGUAUGGGCCAGACGUACAGAGCUGAGGAGACACAGCAGCUGGUCUGUCUCUGCAACACACUGAAAAGGAGAAAUGAUCAGAAAAUUAAACACUUAGAUGAUUCAUUGAAAACACUUGUUGAGCACAGCAGAGUAUUAGCAAAGUUGGACCGAGAAUUACAAUCUGUGAAAGAAAAACUGGUUAGACUUAAGUCUGACACAGAACUAGGUACUGUGGAUAAAAUAACAAGUCUUUAUUUGCUGCUUGAAAGUCUGGAUUGUGUUAAUUCAGAGGCUGAAGAAUGUAAUCAACAGAUUAAAGGCCUCGGUCUGAGGUUUGAUCCUACUGCCUUUCAGGAGAUUAUACUGCAACUAGAAUCAUUGCAAUCCCUACAGUAUGAUGUCAAAUGUUUUGUUGAAGAAAGUGAAAAGAGUGUCACCAAGAAUGAAGAUAUCACAAGAGAGACUGAAAAAAUGUUGGAAUGGCUGAGGACUAUUAAGGGCACAUUGAAGAAGCCCUUGACCCUUCCAGAGGUCAAAGUUGACAGGGUAUAUAAGGAAGUACGGAAACUAAAAAUCAUGGAGGAGGAAGUGAAAAGUAGAUUGAGGGUAACAGAUGCCUUGUGUAGUAGAGAAACACAAAGAUUUUGUAGUAGAAAAGAAACAAUCCCAGCCCACGUAGAAGAAAGACUGCAUGAGCUGGCGAAGCUGGGAGCUGAAGUUCAACAAGAAAUGAGCAAAAAACAGUUGGCUGUGGAUCAAGUACUUUCCCUGGUCCAGAGGCACCACUUAUCUCUGCAGUCCAUGCAGAAAAGCCUGGACUGUGCUGCAGAUUUCCUCCAGAGGGCCAGCCUGGGGGUGGAGCUUGAGAAGCAGACAGAUUGUAUCUGGGACCUGGAAGAAAUGUCAGCCCAGGAAAAGAACUUCACAGCUGGUUUAGAGGAACUGAGGACUUGGGAGCCUCUGCUGGUGAAUUCUGUGGACACAGGAGAGAUGAGCAAACUUAGAGAAAAAGUGGAGGCAAUGCAACUGCAAAAGACAGAGGUCAAACAGCAACUGGAGGCUUACAGAGAAGUGCAACAGAGGUGUGAGUUUUUAUGGACCUCCUUCCAACAUGAGAAGGAGACAGUGGUUGAACAGAUGAAUGAUGUAGAGAGCAAGAUGACCAUGUUCUCCACAGCUAAAGCUGUCAGCAUCCAGCAGGCAGAGGAGAAAUGUCAGAGAUACAAGUCUCUAGAGGCACACAUCGACCUGCUAGAGUUGCCUCUAAAUGCUUUGAAAGAGAAAGCAACAGAGUUAGAGCAGAUCAUCUCUGAGUCCAGCAAAGCCGUUACCAGCCACUCUGUGUCGUCACUAUGGCAACGGUGGACCAGGCUCCGCAGUGUGGCAGGAGCCCAGGAGAGGGCACUGGAUGACACUGCGAGGGAGUGGAGGAACUUCACAGAGAAGAUGGAGAAGGUGCGCUCUGUGUCCAAAGACCUCCACAGUCGUGUCCCAGACAGCACAGUGGAGAAGGCAGCCACCAGAGCAGCGCUGCAGAACCUGCUGGAGUAUCAUGAUUCCUUCAACCUGGAGGUGGAGAGGGAGCAAUCGAUCCUGGCCCUGCUGGGGCAACACUCACGUAGCCUCAGAGGAGAGGAGGAAGAAGAAGAGGAGGCGAUGGAGAGAAAGACAGAGAAUGGACACAAGGAGACACCGUGCCUACAAGAGAUCAAAAGCAUGCAGGAGCAAUAUGACAGCCUUGUGUUGCAGGUGAGGACGAGCAGGUCACAGGUACAACAGGAGUUGAGGGAGAGAGAAGAGGUUGAGAAGGAGCUGGGCUUGGUCAAAGGCUGGAUCCAAGACACCCGUGGUUUACUGCUGAGUCCCACUGCCGACCUGGAUUCACUGCUGCAAGAACUAGAGACCGCACAUGGCGAGGUCAUCAGUAGACGUCAGAGUGUGGAGCGCAUGACAGAGCUGCAGCAGUCCAAGUACCAGGACCUCCAGGCUGGUCUGCCCUCUGAACUCAGCAUGCAGCUGGCUGAGGUGGCUCUGGCUCUGGGCUCCGCUGAAGACCAGGUCCAGGCGAGGGAAAGGGAAGUGCAACAGACAAGAGAUGUGAAAGAGGACUUCAGCUUCAGACUCCAGGACAUUGAGGCGAAGCUGAAGACCAUUGCUCUGAAAUUGGAAAACAAGGGUGUCGACCUAGAGGAGGCCAAAGAAGAGACCAAAAGUCUUUGUGAAGAGUGUGAAUGCUGUGGUCGCUCUCUGGCUGAGUUAGGAGUAGCAGUGCAAGAGUUUGGUGAGCAGAACCCUCUGUUGUGCAAGCAGCUGGGCGAUGCUGUGGCCAAACUAACCGAAGUGCAGCACCAUACCACACAGCAGGUCCAAGAUAGAGCCAACAGACUAAAGAAGGCAGAGAAACAGGUGGAGGAAUAUCAAGGCAUGAGAGCAUUCAUUUUGGGCUGGACAGAAAAGGCAGAGGCUCUGGUCUCUGGUAAUAUCAUCUGGAGCUCUGCAUCCCAGCUGCAGGAGCAAAUUCGAGCUCACCAGGCGUUGCUGCGGGAGUGCCGGGGUCUCCAUGGUGACUUGGAGGCCAUGGGGGAGAGGGAGGGGCAGCUGGGGGAGGUGUUGCAGACACAGGGGUGGAGCCAGCAGGUGAAACACCUCAGUAGAUGCACAGAGGAGCUGCAGCAAACUGCCAAGACUCGCCUCCAGGGUCUGCAGGAUGCCGCCAAGGACAUGUUGCAUCUGGAGGCAGAGGUGAAGAGCCUCCAUGCUGCAGUAGACCAGAUCCAGGUCACGCUUGCCUCCCCUGAUCUCAACAGGCUCAGCCUCAGAGAGCAGCUCACACAGAGACAGCGUCUGUUGGUGGAAAUGGAAGGGUUCAAGCAGCAGGUGGCGGCAGUACAGCAGUGUCAGAGCGCCCUCCGGCUACCAGAGGAGGUAGUGGCCAGUCUGCCUAUCUGCCGCACAGCUCAGACCUUGCAGCAAGAAGCCAGCCAACUGCAGCAUACAACCAUCCAGCAGUGCAACAUCCUGCAGGAGGCUGUGGUGCAGUAUGAGCAGUAUGAACAGGAAGUGAAGAACCUCCAGAGAUUAAUAGAAGAAGCCCACCGCAUCAUUCAGGACCGGCCUGUCUCCACCAGCAACAUACAGGAACUUCAGGCUCAGAUACACCACCAUGAGGAGCUGGCCCAGAAGAUCCGUGGCUACCAGGAGCAGAUCGCCUCGCUCCAUUCCAAGUGUAAGAUGCUGACAGUGAAGGCUAAACACGCCACCAUGCUGCUGACAGUCAGUGAGGUGGACGGCCUUUCAGACGGAAUGGAUGAGCUGAGUGAUGAGGAGCUACCUAGUGCUGUGGUAACUGCCACCGCCGCCACUAACAAGCAACUUCCAGCACACCCCUCUGUCGUCAUGAUGACAGCAGGGCGCUGCCACACACUCCUCUCCCCUGUGACGGAGGAGUCAGGGGAGGAGGGCACCAACAGCGAGGUCUCCUCUCCCCCUGCCUGCCGCUCCCCCUCCCCAGGGGCUAACGCUGACGCUCCUCUUAACCAGGGUCGUGGCGCUCUAAGUCGAGCACCCCUCCAGGAGCUGUAUGACCCAUCUAUGGAGACCAGUGCUGCUAACCUAGAUGACUUGCAGAGAUCCUGGGAAACACUAAAGAACGUGAUCAGCGAGAAACAGAAGAGCCUGUAUGAGGCACUGGAGCGACAGCAGCAUUAUCAAGAAUCCCUCCAAUCCAUUUCCACUAAAAUGGAGUCCAUUGAGGCAGCACUCAAUGAGGGCCUGGAGCCCAGUAAGAGCCCAGAGAGCCAGAUGGCUGCCCACCAGGCUCUGAUGGAUGAGAUCCUGAUGCUGCAGGAUGAGAUUGGUGAGUUACAGACCUGUUUCUCUGAGGAGCUGGCAGACAGCGACAGCGAUGGAGACUCUGGUGACCAGUUGGCACUCCAGUCUACCCUCACUGUGCUGGGAGAAAGGAUGGCCACCAUUCGAAUGAAGGCCUCUGGGAAACGGCAGCUGCUUGAGGAAAAACUAAGUGAACAACUAGAGGAGCAGCGACAGGAACAGGCGCUGCAGCGUUACCAUAGCGAGGCUGAGGAGCUUGACCACUGGCUGCUGAGCACUCGGGCAACUCUCAGCUCUGCUCUUCAACCCCAAAACGAUGACAUGGACAUGGAAGAGCAGCUCAUCGACUGUCAGAACAUGCUGUUUGAGAUCGAGCAGAAGGUGUCCUUUCUGUCAGAGUUGUCCAUCCACAGCGAGAGCUUGUUGUUGGAGGGCCGUGCCGAGACCAAGGAAGAGGCAGAGCAACUCACCAUCAAACUGCACUCCCUCAAAGACAGCCUACUGGAGCUGCAGCAGAUGUUACAGGACAAGCAGGUUGACAUACAGGGUUCAUUGCAAGAGCAGGAUGACAGUGAGCCAGACUCAUCUCUGUCCCAGAGUCCUAAUGUCCAAGAAUGGCUCUCCCAGGCCCGCUCAACACGCACACAGCAACAUCAUGACAAUCUGAUUCGACAGAGGGAGCUGCAGGAGCAAGUUGCUAAACAGAAGAAGCUGCUUCAGUCUGUAGCAAGUGUCGGGGAAGACUUACUCAACCAACAGACUACGCCCAAUGGGGACAGUGAGAUGUCAGUCCCAGGUGGAGUGUUACUGGAGACAGAGAGCCUGUCCCCUCUGGACCACCUGCGACAGCGCUGGGAAAACCUAAAUAAAGAUCAGAGUACGAAGCUGCAGCUCUCCCUCACUUCCCUGGAACAGGACCAGCUCAGCCCGGUCCUCCACCGGUCACGUCUUUCCAGUCCCAGUAUGGUGUUUAGAGGCGAGUCUGCCAGCCAGGACUCUGGCUCUCCCAGUGCUUUGUUUGAGGCCUGCAGUCAGACUCUGGACAGAAUCACCCAAGAGGUGUCGGGUGGUGGCGGUAAGCUCGCUUUGGCAUCAGCAGCGACAGUCCAGCAGGACCUGUAUGCUGCAGUUUCAGCAGCCUCUUCCUGGUUGGAUGCUGCCGAGAAUCAGCUGCUCUCUGGUCCUGUGUUACUCUCUGAGGACACAGAAACACAGCUCACAAAUCUCGAGAUCCUGAAUAAACAGCUCAAGGAGAUGAGCAAGGAGGUAAACCAGUGCAGAGACCUUUUGGGUAGAGGAGCAGGCCGGCUGUGUGGAGGAGAGGAGCGAGUCCUGAUGGAGGACACGUUGGAGGGCCUGCAGGAGAGGAUGGGCCUGCUGGACUCUACCCUGGAACAGCACUGUGACUGCAUGAGAGACAGGCUGCAAGAGUACUCAACCUUCCAGAAUGAACUAAGGAUGCUGUUCACAGCUCUGAGUGAAAGUAAACACCAGUUGUUACAGAAGAUGGCAGGAACUGUGGACAGACCUGCAUCCAAACAGAUAGAGACAUUAUCAGAGGUUGAGGACAGUCUAAAGGAGUUUGAGCAGAGAGUGACUGAGCUGAAGACCAGAGCAGAGGGACUCCAAUCUGACCAAAUCUCCAACCAGGAACUACUCAAACUACAGGAUGCAUAUGAGGAGCUGGUGCUGAUGGUGGGCUCCAGACGUAGCAGCCUGAACCACGGCUUGUCCCUCAAGGCUCAAUAUGAAGCUGCACUUCAUGACCUCACAGACCUGGUGGACACUGCCCAGGACAAGAUGGCUGCAGACCAGAAGAUGACAGUAGCUUCGGUCAUAGAGGUCCAGAUGUUACUGGACAAACACAAAGAGUUCUUUCAGGGUCUGGAAUGCCAUAUGAUCCUCACCCAGACAUUUUAUAGUAAGGUGUCUGCUCUGGUAGCGCAGAGGGAAAGCCAGGUCCUGGAGGAGACCAUGGCCUUAGCCCACAGUGUGCUCAAACAGGCCCACAGGAGGGGAGUGGAGUUGGAAGGCAUACUUGAGUCAUGGAGCAGGCUUGUGGAAGACUACCAGGCUCUAUGUCGACAGCUGGAGUCAGUGGAGUGCAGCAUCCCCACUGUCGGUCUGGUAGAGGAGACAGAAGAAAGACUUAUUGAAAGGAUCAGUCUCUUUCAGCGUCUGAAGGCCAACCUGGCCGAGCAUCAGCCCCAGCUGUACCAGGUCCUGGAGGAGGGCAAGAGGCUCCUACUGUCUGUUGGCUGUUCAGACUUGGAGAACCAGCUGACCCAGCUGGGAGAACACUGGCUCUCCUCCACCACCAAGGUCAACAAGGAGUUACACCGCCUCGACUCCACGCUCAAACACUGGAGCAGGUACCAGAGUGAGUCAGCAGAGUUGAGCCACUGGUUGCAGUCGGCUUUGGACAGACUGGAGUUUUGGACAACCCAGUCAGUAACUGUGCCUCAGGAGCUGGAGACCGUCAGAGACCACCUUUAUGCCUUCCUGGAGUUUUCCAAAGAGGUGGAUGCUAAGUCGUCUUUGCGUUCGUCUGUGCUGAGCACAGGGAACCAGCUUCUUCGAUUGAAAAGAGUGGAUACAGCUGGUCUUAGGACAGCACUGGGCCACAUCGAUACUCAGUGGGCUGAACUGCUGACUCAUAUCCCUGUAGUACAAGAGAAGCUACACCAGUUGCAAAUGGAGAAGCUGGCAUCACGACACGCUAUUCUGGAGCUAAUGAGCUGGAUCUCUCUCAUGGAGAACAUCAUCAAUGAAGACCAGGACAAGAUCAUGGAAGCUGUAGGCUCAGAGGUGGUCCAGAACUUCUUGCAGAAGUAUAAGGGUUUCCGCAUCGAUCUGACCUGUAAGCAGUUGACUGUGGACUUUGUUAACCAGUCGGUGCUGCAGAUCAGCAGUCAGGAUGUGGAGGGAAAGCGCAGUGACAAAACAGACUUUGCUGAGAAGCUGGGAGCCAUGAACAGACGAUGGCAGAUACUGCAGGGGCUCAUCGGUGAAAAGAUUCAGCUUUUAGAAGGACUUUUGGAAGGUUGGUUAGAGCAUGAAAAUGGAGUCCAGGCCCUGAAAACCUGGCUCACACUACAGGAGGAGAAACUGAAGAAGAGACACAGGAUAGAGGAUGUAGCAUCGGUGCAGAAUGCACUUAAAGACUGUCAGGAGUUGGAGGAAUUAGUGAAGGAAAAAGAGAAGGAUCUAGAGAAAGCAGAGGAACGUGGAAACGCUCUCAUCCAGGAUAAGAAAGGAGGAGCCUGCUCAGUUGUCAAGGAGACCCUUAAAGGCCUGAACCAGUCCUGGGCUCAUUUGGACCAUAUGAUAAGUCAGAUGAAGGUGAGUCUGCGGUCAGUGCUGGAGCAAUGGACGCUGUACAGACGAGCUGCAGAGGAGAUUAAUGGUUACCUGAUGGAAGGGAGGUACUCGGUGUCCAGGUUGCACCUCCUUAACGGGUCUCUAGAGGCAGUAAAGCAGCAGGUGGAGAGUCUGGAGAACCUGCAGGAGGAGAUGGAUAAACAGGAGAGCAGUCUGAGGAAGUUUGGCUCUGUGACACACCAGUUACUGACAGAGUGCCAUCCGUCUGUGGCUGAAACACUUAACAGAGCUCUCCGGGACGUCAACAUUAGGUGGAACUGUCUACUAGAGCAGAUCUCAGAGCAGUUAAGGAGCAGUAAGGCCUUGCUGGGGUUGUGGCAGCGCUACAAGACAUUAUAUGGCCAGUGUGUGACAGCAGUCCAGAAACAGGAGGAACGCGCUGAUCGCCUGCUGAAGAGCGCCACCGACAGGGAGAUUACAGAGGAGGAGAGCUGCGUUUGGAUAAAGGACUGUGAUGAGUGCCUUGGCGACCAGGAUUCGGUGCAGCAGUCCCUCCAGCAGCUGCAGGCUUUAGGAGAACAGCUGAAGAGCCAAGUAGAUGCCUCCUCCUCUGCAGCCCUCCAGUCAGACCACCUGUCACUCACCCAUUGCCUAGCAACACUGGAGCACGCACUUCACAGGCAGCAGGAAGUACUUCGGUCUGGAUCUCAGGCCUAUGAGGGUUUCAGAGAGCAGUUGGACACACUAAUUCAUCAGGCUGAAGAAGCUGAGGAGGUGCUGAAGGAGUCUGACCCAGUUGGCUCACCAGAGCUCAGUGUGGUUGAGACACGUAUGGAAAAACUGAAGGUUCAUCUGUUGAAGCUGAGUAGUCUGUCUCCAGACUUGGAGCGUGUUAAUGAGUUGGUGUACAGACUACCAGUCAGUGACAGAGAUGUUAAACGCCUGCAGAGCCUCAAUAGAGCCUGGGCCGCUAACUCCGCUCACCUCACCGAGAGGUUCAGUAAACUGCAGGCGGUGCUGCUCCAGCAUCAGAGCUUCCUCCAGAAGUGUGAAGCUUGGAUGGACUUCCUGUCUGAGACUGAACAGAAGCUGGCUGCUGAGAUCUCAGGCAACUACCAGAGUCUGCUGGAACAGCAGAGAGACCAUGAGUUGUUCCAGGCAGAGAUGUUCAGCAGACAACAGAUUCUGUACUCCAUUAUCAGCGAUGGACAUCAUAUGCUGGACCAAGGACAUGUGGAUGACAGAGAUGAUUUCAGUGUAAAGCUGGCCUUGUUGAGCAAUCAGUGGCAGGGUGUAGUGAGGCGGGCCCAGCAGCGCAGGGGCAUUAUUGAUAGUCUGGUCCGCCAGUGGCAGAACUACCGGGAGAUGGCAGAGAAGCUUCUAAGAUGGCUCCAGGAAGUGACCCGAGACCCGGAUGUACAUCAGCCAGGAGAGGCAGUCGCUCUGCAGCAGGCCAGGAACCUGUUAGAUCAGAUACAGCUCAGGGAGCGAGUGCUCCAGAGGCAGCAGGGAGGCUACAUCCUGACAGUGGAGGCUGGCAGGAGCCUGCUGCUAGCAGCCGACGCCAGGGCCGAGUCCACGCUGCAGACUGAGCUGAUGGACAUCCAGGAGAGGUGGAGGCACGCCCACCACCGCCUGGACCAACAGAGAAGAGAGUUGCAUGGCUUGCUGAAGAACUGGGAGCGAUGUGAGAAGGGUAUAGACACAUCACUGGAGAAGUUAAGGGCCUUCAAGAGAAAGCUGUCUGUACUGCUGCCUGACCACCAUGAAGAGCUACACUCUGAGCAAAUCAGGUGCAAGGAGCUGGAGAGCAGUGUGGAGGGCUGGACCGACGACCUCACUUCCUUGUUCUUGCUAAGAGACUCUUUGGAGGGUGUGGUGAGCGCAGAUGACAUCAUUGUCCUACAGGAACGCCUCCAGCUGCUACAGUGCCAGUGGGAGGAGGUCUGCCACCAGCUUUCCCUGCGCAGGCAGCAGGUGUGCGAGAAGUUGAAUGAGUGGGCAGUGUUCAACGAGAAAAACAAGGAGCUGUGUGAAUGGCUCACACAGAUGGAGAGCAAGGUUUCUCAGAAUGGAGACAUCAGCAUUGAGGAGAUGAUUGAGAAGCUGCGCAAGGAUUACCAGGAGGAGAUCAGUGUGGCCCAGGAGAACAAGCAGCAGCUGCAGGUUAUGGGUGAGCGCCUGGCCAGGGCCAGCCAAGACAGCAAGGCGGCCGAGAUCCAACACAAACUCAGCAAAGUCAGCGAGCGCUGGCAACACCUGCUGGAUCUUAUUGCUGCCAGGGUGAAGAAGUUGAGGGAGACUCUAGUGGCGGUGCAGCAGUUAGAUAAAAACAUGAGUAGCCUGCGCUCAUGGUUGGCUCACAUUGAGACCGAGCUGUCCAGGCCCAUCGUCUAUGACACAUGUGAUGACCAGGAGAUCCAGAGGAAACUCAACCAGCAGCAGGAUCUACAGAGGGACAUAGAGAAACACAGCACAGGUGUGGCGUCCGUGUUGAAUCUGUGUGAAGUCCUCCUCCACGACUGUGACGCCUGCUCCACAGAGACUGAGUGUGACUCCAUCCAGCAGGCCACCAGGGGGCUGGACAGACGCUGGAGAAACAUCUGCGCCAUGUCCAUGGAGCGCAGGCUUAAGAUUGAGGAGACAUGGAGGUUGUGGCAGAAGUUCCUGGAUGAUUAUUCCAGGUUUGAGGAGUGGUUGAAGACUUCAGAGAGGACAGCAGCUCUGCCUAACUCCUCUGGGGUUCUCUACACUGUCGCAAAAGAGGAGCUCAAGAAGUUUGAGGCCUUCCAGCGUCAGGUGCAGGAGUGUCUGACCCAGCUGGAGCUGAUCAACAAGCAGUACCGCCGCCUGGCCCGUGAGAACCGCACCGACUCCUCCUGCCGACUCAGAGAAAUGGUGCAUGAUGGGAACAGGCGAUGGGAUAACCUGCAGAAGAGGGUGGCAGCCAUCCUACGCAGACUCAAGCACUUCAUCAGCCAGAGGGAGGAAUUCGAGACAGCACGAGACAGCAUCCUGGUGUGGCUGACUGAAAUGGACCUCCAGCUGACAAACAUAGAGCAUUUUUCUGAGUGUGACGUUCAGGCCAAGAUAAAACAGCUCAGGGCCUUCCAGCAGGAGAUCUAUCUGAACACGGGGAAGAUUGAGGUGGUGUUCAGGCAGGGUGAAGCUCUGAUCGAGAAGAGCGAACCUCUGGACGCAGCUGUGAUCGAAGAGGAGCUGGAGGAGCUGCAGAGAUACUGCCAGGAAGUCUUUGGACGAGUUGACAGAUACUACAAGAAACUCACACGCCUGCCCCUCGCUGAUGAUGAGCUCGAUGGUUCAGACAGAGAGUUGGACAUGGAGGAAGGUGGCGACCUCUCUGAGCUACAGUGGGCCGACUCUUCUCUGCCGCGCACAUCCAGCCGUCAGGCAUCUGGUACGGCCGCUCUCAUCCGGGCAGACCGCUCAGGCAGGGACACGCCGGCUAGCGUGGAUUCCAUCCCGCUGGAAUGGGACCACGACUACGACCUGAGCAGAGAUCUGGAGAGUCCCGGAGGACGGGGCCAUGGGGAAAGGAGCCGAGGGCAGGAGGAGGAGGAUGAGUAUCUGAGGACAGCUGCCACGGUGCUGUCAGAUGUAGUUAUUCCAGAGAGCCCAGAGGCCUAUAUAAAACUGACUGAGAACACAUUGAAAUCAUCCUCUGGUGAGCCAGGCCAGCUAGAGGCCAGUCUGAGACAGCUGGACCAGGCUCUGGAUGCAGGACGAUACCACCUCCAGCAGAGAGAGGCCACUGCAAACCGCUCCAGCCCCGAGGUUGACUCCACAUACAUGGGCUAUAUGCGUCUGAUGGGAGAGUGUCGCGGCAGCAUAGACGCAGUGAAGAAAGCAGAAGGAGAACUGACAGAAGACGAGGAUGACAUGCCGGGACUCACGAACCCCACCAGCACAGACACCCAGAGUGCAGGUGUGAUCGAGCGCUGGGAGCUGAUGCAGGCUCAGUCUCUGAGUGAGAAACACAGGCACAAGCAAGACCUGCAGCAGUGGCAGCAACUGAUCUCAGACCUGCAGACCAUGAGGGCCUGGCUGGGUCAGUCUGAGGCCGAACUCAGCAAGCUUCGAGGGCUGGAUCUCAGCACCGACAUCCAAACCAUCCAGCAGAGAAUCAAGAAGCUCAGGGAGCUGCAGAAGACAAUGGAUGCCCACAAGUCAGAGGUCCUGUCUAUCAACCUGAGCAGUGCCGAUUUCCUCCAAUCAGAGCUUGACUCUGAGGAGGCGUGGGAGCUGAGGGACGGACUGAAAGAGAUGAACUCACGCUGGGACCGGCUCGGUACCUCACUGGAGGACUGGAGGGAGGAGUUGCAGAGAGCACUGAUGCAGUGCCAGGAGUUCCACGAGAUGAGCCACGGUCUGCUGCUGUGGUUGGAGAACAUCGACCGCAGGAGGAACGAGGUGGUGCCCAUCCCUCCCCAACUCGAUCGUGACACAUUACGAGCUCAUUACAAAACACUGACGCAAAUCAAGCGUGAGCUGCUGGACUCGCAGCAAAAGGUGUCGUCCCUUCAGGAGCUGUCGGCUCAGCUGCUGGUCAACACUAAACCUCAGACUCUGCUACUCCAGUCGGAGGCUACAGAGGAGAUCCGGCCACAGGGCAGCGAGUGUCUGGAGGCCCAGGAGAAGGUGCAUGUGAUCUGGAACAGGCUAAAGCUGCUCCUGAGGGAGGUCAGCUCUGACCUGGAGGGGCUGGAGAGGAGACUGGAGGCUGUGGACACGCGGCAGGAUGUCUUGCCUUUGCCUGUUGGCAAAUCAGAAAUCUGUGUAUCAGCAGGUCCUGUGUCAGAGGCAGCCAUCCAGAGUCGCAAACGAUUGCCCCGAGGCAAAAGUAGUCAGGCCCACCCAGGACACCCUGAGAGCGGCCCGCGCCACAGCCGGAGCAGAUCACCAGGCGCCGCUGGCUGCGUUUCCUCCCGUUCUGACCUUCUGGACAGCGUCUCCUCAUCAACCUCCUCCUCCUCCUCAAAGAGUCAGUCCUUCCUGCUGCGGGUCUUCAGGGCUGCGCUCCCCGUCCAGCUGCUCCUCCUGCUUCUCAUCGGCCUGGCCUGCCUGGUGCCCAUGACCGAGGAGGACUACAGCUGCCACCACGCCAACAAUUUCGCACGCUCCUUCCAUCCCAUGCUGCGCUACACCAAUGGACCUCCGCCCAUAUGAGGCCCAGCUGAAUAUCUACCUACUGCUUUGCCAAGGACUCCACUGACUCAUGUGAAUGUUUCCUUUUCACCCCGUGCCCUAAAAGCAACAAACUCUUCCCUGUUGGGAAGCAACAUGCAUUAUGAAGUGAUUCAGAGGUGAUAUGAAGACUUCUCUCACUAACAUUGCACACACACUGUCCUGAAAUCACCUCAACCCUUUAAACCACCACCCUCCAGUACAAAUGGACCUUCAUCUGGAGACCCCCCUCUCCUAUCCCAAUCCAAAUAUUUCAUGUUGUUUUAAUUCUGUUUUAACUUAAAUGUGUAUAUUAUUUUUUUAAGGUUUCUGAGGAAACCUGUGAAAUCAAUGAAAAACAAAGCACUAUUUAUAUACUGUAUGUUGGGAGCCAAAGUCGACCGUGCGUUUUGUCCAUGAUAUCCAGUGCUGCUACUAUUUAUUUAGUGUUCAAUCAGUUGUUAGAUUGUUAGUAUUGAUGAAGCUGAAGCACCACCUUGAGUGUGGAUAUGUUACCUGUAAAUUGUAGAGUAGACUUGCAGUUUGAGUAGCAAUCAUUCACAAACGUAGAUGUGAAGAGAUCCUUUCCAAAACGUAUGAAGACCUACUCGGACACGACUGAAUCAGCACAGACAUAAACUGAACAGGAGAACUCUCUGAGGGAUGAGAGGUAGCUUAAUAUUUAGUUUUUUUUGCUUGACAGAUUUCAAAAGAACCUGCUUGAAUUUGUAAAUUAGUUUUCAUACUAAGUUAAAGCUAAAAUCUGAACCUAUAGCACUGACAUGAGCACUGUCUGAAGGUACUGCACUGAAGCCGUCCAGCCAAGAUGGCCGACUUCUUUCCCCAGAAAGCCACGGCUUGUAUUCCUGUUUUUAUUUUCAGUAUUUAAACCACCCGGGGCAAUUAUAAAGAUAUGCGCUCUCGUUUUAAAAAAAAAAUUCAAUUGAUUUGUAUAUUUUUGUUGAAAUGCCUUUGAAUAUUGGCAUUUAUUUUUUUAUCUUUCUGUUUGAGCAUGCACUUGCAAGUCCCUUGCUUUUAAGAAAGCCAAACAAUCACUGGUAGUGUUGAAGUAGAUGGCUGUGACAUGAAAUAGUGCGCUUUGUUAUAACGGCGAUAAUUAUCCCGCCGUGAUGAGACAUCAGAAUCUGUAAAAAAUGAUGAAAUAUGAAAUGGUUAUUUAUGUAUGUACAGUUUGCUAAUGCCGACUUCACGAAGAAUAAUCUCUUUGCAAAUAAUAAAACAUGAAAUAUUU